UUGAGUUUUGACGUCGUGCUGUGGUCAAUCAAAUUUGAAAAUUCUUCAAAAAGGAAUAUUUUUAAUUUUUCAGCGCUGAUAAACAAUUUUAUUUAAUUAAUCUCUUUCAAUAUUAUUUUUAAAAGUGUCGUUAAGCGAUAUAAUAACAUAAGUUACAAAAUCAGUGAAUCUGGUCAAUAUCAAUUUGCCACACAAAUUUGUGUACGCCUGUUAAAAUGGCUGAAAAUCUGGAAUCAAUUUCUAAUAAAAACAAUGAGCUGGUAAAGGCAGUCCAACAUUGGAAAAUGGUGGCGGCUCAAAAGGAUAAUGAGAAUCUACAACUGAAGAAGGAAGUAACUGACCUGAGGUUCAAACUUUCUAGACUCCAGAUUACAAAAGCAGAUUUCUUCAGAAAACUCAACUCUUCAAUGCAAACACAAAGCGAGGAGGCUUUGUCACUACUUGUGCAGACCUCGGACUCAGUAGCCAAAAUGUGGAAAUUGGUGAAGGACUUCACGCUCGCUAUACAGGAGACUGAGUCCACAUUGCCAAGAUGGAGCAGCUUGAGCAAAUCACCUCGCAGUACACCUGGGAAAGUCCAGAAAGUGAAGCCGAUGAUGGGUGGAACACAUCUGCAGCCGGUGGUGGCUCUGCAUAGGAAUGAGCGCAUGUCUACUCCACGUACCCGUACCACAAACAGGAUGUCUACAGGUGGUAGGAGGCCUCCACUUGUGCAUCCUAUGCAAGAUCAAUCGAAUGAAAACAUUCCAGCGAGUGCUGUGCCCCUGCAUAUGUUGCAAGAUCAACCGAAUGCAAGUAUUCCAGCGAGGGCGGUGCCCCUGCAUAUGUUGCAAGUUUACGUCCCGUUGACUCGUAUCGACGCGAGGCGCCCCGCUGACGUGGCGAGUCCCUCCGGAGGCGCCGAGCCCGGAGCCGACGCUGAGGAGGACGAAGAUAACUCCGGCAACGGCUCCAACAGUGCACCUGACUCUGCAUCAGAUGCGGGCAGUGAAGGCUCUAACGGCUCUGCAUCUGAUCAGGAAGAGUUGGACUCGGACCAAGAGACCCAAGGAUUAGAGGCUGUCCUAGAGGAGGUGGAGAUGGACGUAGAGAAUCCGCAAAGUUCCCACAUGGAAGCGACGCCGGCCGCAGGCGCUAGCUGGCGUUUGGAUGUGUCCAGUGUAGAUGUAGACAACUCUAAUACGAACAAUUUGGGGACCCCGACUACUGUAUCUGACAAUGAGCCAAUGCCGGGCCCCAGUCAACUCAAUCUGCAGGUGCAGAUCCCGGAGAGCCCCGUGUGCGAGUUCACGCCCACCGUGCGGCGCCGCAAGCGCACGGUGGCGCUCUCGCCGCGCCCCUCGCCGCGCUCCCCGCACGCCUCCCCGCGCCCCGCCCCGCGCCCCGCCCGCCGCCUCAGCAAAGAGGGCCGCAUCCUCAAAGUGAUGGUGGCGAAACUGCGUUUAGAUGACAACGGGGACGCCACGUCGCCGAAGAGGCGGAAUCUCACCGAAACGCAACCAAGGAGACCUAAACCCACCGAGGCUAAAAGACCCAAUCCCACCGAAGCUCCAAGAAGGCUCAAUUCCACGGAAUCUCAGCAGAAGUUACACAGACCGUCUCAAGACAGCCCCAUGCUGUUUGCGAGCCCCCCGAUACUGUCCAAGUCGCCGAUCCUCCAGUUGAGGGAUCGGACCCCCACGCAGCGGUUGAUGAGAUUCGAUGCGCCCAGCCCCAACGGUUCCACGGACUCUCGUGUUCAAGUUAUAAAUACAACAAUGGAUCAACCUGAACCGUGUUGCUCAGGCACGGCUCGAUCACGAACCAUCAGCAGAAGCAACAGCCGAGAGAAUCGAAAGAACUCCAACAAUCAUACCAAUCAUGGCCAUCACAGUAACAAUAAUGGCAAUCAUGGCCAUCACAACAGCAGUCAUGACAAUCAACAAGAUGUCCCGACCAUUCACAUUACUCAGGCCAACAGAGACAGUCAUAGAACCAACCCAACAAGCCAACCUAAUUGUGAUAAAGAUAAUCAUUCCAUCACACCUAAUCACAACCAAAAUAAUCAAGGUCCUUCAACCAGUUCACACAGCAACCAUGACAAUAGCUCCAUCCGAACUAAGCGACCCAAUACCAGCAACGACAAUCAAAUGCCAAGUACUUCGAGCUUCAAUUACGUAAACGAAAGUCGCAACAGUAGGCGGAGUCGCCUGAACAGUCACAAUGACGUCGACAGCGACAGCAGCAACAGCGAUGCGAUCAGCGAGACGCGCUCGAGGCGCGCGCGGAAAGCGGUGGUUUAUAAAGAAAAGCCACUCAAUAGAAAAAUGCGAAGAUGAUCGAGCGAAAUGCUAUUAUUUGGAAUGCAUUAUUGAAAAUAGCCAUAGAUCAAGUGUCUCUGAUAUAACCGGUUGGGACAAUAAAAAAAAAAAAUUGGACAGGCAAAAUUUUGCUUCUAUACGAGAAGGCAAAUGUUUUGCUUUUGAAAGCCUUGAUGCUUUAAUGUUAAAAUAAUACUCGUAUUAAUAGAGCCUUAUCAAAAUCGGCUUUCUUUUGAAGCGAAAUCGAUAUCGUAGCAGCGAUGUCAUAUUGUAAGGUAUGUAGUUAUUUGCAUUUUUUAGAAUUAAAAUUAUCGAUUGUUUACCUUUAUUGUAAUAGUAUACCGGCUAAAUUGAUUAUUGUCGGAUUUAGGCCAACUAGUUUUAGUAGGUUUCCGUUAUAUCAGUGCAACUAAAGAUGUUAUAUGUUUAAAUUUUACAUAUUUCGUGUUUACUAUACCUUCAAUCGUUGUUUGUUUUUGCUAUUUGAGACUGAUUUUCUUUUUUUUUUUCAUUUUUAUUUACAUUUAUACUUCAAUUCUUGUUAUUAAGACUGAUUUUUGUUAUUGUUUGACAUUGAUUUUAUACUAUUAGAUACGUUACUUGCGUACAAAAUCAUCUUAAACAGUGUUUCAUACUCAGCUCACAUGCACAAUUUUGUUUGCUUACAUUAUAUUAUUCUGUAUAUUAUACAGGGUGCUCGGGAGUAUUUCCCAUAACUCUGGGGUUAUAUUCUUUACCGAAAAUUAUUUAAAAAUGUUCAAGGAAUAUGUGUUCUAAAAUUAAUAUUUUCGGAGUAAAUAAUAUUUUAUUUUGUAAAUAAAUCUUAAAAUAUCAUGUCCCUUAUACACAUCCUUAUAUAACUAUCCUUAAAACCUUUAUCUAACCUUUAUCUAUCCUUAAAAUGUAAGGAUAGAUAAAGGUUAGACAGUGUGAUACAUAGAUAGUCGGAAUUAUUUGAAUUACUUUGUAUGAAAACAUAAAAAGAUUUUAUAUUUUAGUUAAAAAAGAAUAAGUUAUGCAAUUCGGUUCCUAAAAGUGGACUAGUUAACACCUUGAAGUUAUGGAAAAUACUCACGAGUACCCUGUAUAGUUUUUACACUCCCUGAACACACCACUCUGUAUUGUCUACAAUAUUAUGCUUAAAUAACUUUUAUUGUUUACUAUACGACUAAAUAGAACUAAACCAAUUUUUUUCGCUUCAUUUUCGACGCGCUAAUGCCAUAUCUAAUAGUAUAAAACCAUUGUUGAAGCUUUAUAAGUGGCUUAAGUUAACUUUAAUUUAUUUAACUUAUCUUCUAGAAUCUACUCAAUAUUAUAAUUUUUAUGUACUCAUUGUAUUAUUGAAUUAGGUAUGACCAAUAGCGGCGGAUCGAAAAUAUCGCUGUCUCUUUUUUUCCAUCACAAUGAAAGAGAAAGCUGUAUCUACGAUUCAGUAUGUCGCGGUAUGCAUGUUAGGACCAGUGAUGGCCGAUAAUUGUAAUUGUAAUGUAAAUGAAAAUUUUAUCAUACAAAACAUAAUUAUAAAGUAAAAUUUUGGCACUUUUAGUGUGACGUCACAGUCAAUGACAAUCCUUAGUUCUUACAUUGUAAUUGUUAUCAAUUGUAGAAAUAAAUUUUUCAGUACUUUUGCACUUUUGAAAAAUCAAAUAUUUCUAUAUGAAAAAAAAUCCAUUAUAAGGUAAAACUCAUUUAAAUUUCUUUUAAAGGGAGAGAAAAAGAUCAUUUUUUUCGUAGAUUUCUAUCGCUUGCCCAGAAUAGUAAUAAAUGCGCCAUUUGAGAAAAAAAAUAACCAUUUUUUAUUAUUUUUUAUAUUAAGCAGUUAAAAAAUCUAAGUGUACUUUAGACCGAAUGAAAUAAAAUAUCUCUCUCUUGCUCGGUUACAUACAAAACGUAACAGUCUCUCUGUCUAUCUUCACUGACAUAGACAUGAGUUUUCUAGGUAAUCCUUAACUUUUAUUAAUUGAUAUCGAUAUAUUUCGGACCCUUAUUCCAUGUUAAUAUUGUUUAUAUUAAAUUUGAUAUGAGUCAACUACCCUAUUAUUUAACCAAAUCGUUAUUUAUACAUGAUAUUACAUCUCCAUAUACCUACUUAUAUACGGGGGUAUACCUACCUGGGUUUCCCCUUUAAAUUAUUGUGUGUAAAUGUUUGGUAUUCCGUAUUGUUUAUUAGUUUUUAUUAAUUUAAAUAAUAAUAAUAUUCUAUUGAUAAGUUAUUUGUAUUGUAGUUAAUUAUAUGUAUUAUAUUAUAAUCUAAAUUCUAUACAUCUUUAUAUAUUUCUUAUGUGCGUGUAUAUGUCACUGAAAUAUUUCUAAACGACUGGACCAUUUUUGUUAAGUUUUUCAAGCAAUUGGUAGAUAGUGAUUCAUGAGGAAGAUUAAGCUGUGUUAUUUUUAUAGAUUUUGUGUAAAUAGGGCGAAAUUUGACUGUAAUUGUGGGAAAUGUUGGAAAAGUCUUGAGAGUUUUCAUCGAAAACGCUACCUAAUUUAAUGCUUGAUGGUGAAGUUGCGGGCGUCUACUAAUACCUACUACUGUAAUUGUGAUUUUGAAGUUUUUUUUUUUAAGAAUAAAUGCCAUAUCUUUCAUAUACGACCAAUAUCACCACCACCUCUCGGUGAAGAAGCCGGCCCCUUACCGUUGAGCUAUUGAGGCUUUUUAUAAUUAUUACAUCACAUCACACAGCACAUUAAUAUAUGUAUAAAGGCGAAAGUUUGUGUGUAGUUGUGUAUGUUUGUUCCUCCUUUAUGCAGCGGCUACUGAAGCGAUUUUGCUGAAAUUUGGAAUGGAAAUAGAUUUUACUCUGGAUUAACACAUAGGUUACUUUUCAUCCCGGUAAAUCCCGCGGGAAAUUCAAAUUUUUAUAAAUGUUUAUUAAGUAUCAUCAUUAUCAGCCGAUGGACGUCCACUGCUGCUGGACAUGGGCCUACAUUUUUGAACCAAAAUUUCAGUGGCAUUGCAUUGCACUAUAAAUAUAAUAAUAAAUCGUUAGUUGUUUCUAGUUUGUAUUAUUGAAUUAUAUUUAGUAAUCUUAAUCACAAAAA